UAUAUCAUUUCCAGUACAAGUCUUACCCAGUUCGUCAGGGAGACGGAUCUUGUCUCAAAAUCCGGUUAUGCGAUACACCAGGUAUCGGCGAACAUUCGGCAAUGGACAUUGUAAACCUGCACUUCCUUCUAGACGGACACUUACCGAAUUUAUUUCAGUUCAUUCCUUCUCGCCAUGUGAGCAUCAAGACAGCUGGACUUAUUCAACAACCAACUCUUUCCGACGAAGUCCACAGCGUUGCUUUUGUAUUAGAUGCCUCAACCCUCAGCGAUAUGUCGCCAGCAGUCACAACUUGGCUGAAUGACUGCAAGAAAAUGGUACAAGAAAAAGGCAUACCACUGGUGGUAAUUCUUACACAAAUUGACAAACUUCACGAAGAAGUAGCAGACAAUCUGGCAGACGUUUUCAAUCAUUCAGACGUCAAGGCCGCUGUAGACAAAGCAUCCGAGACGCUAAGUAUUCCACCAAACCACGUGUUUCCGGUGAAGAACUACCACACUGAGGUAGAAACAGAAGUGUCAAUAGACUCACUUGCUCUUAUGGCGCUCCAGAAGAUGAUUUUCAUGGCCUCGGAUUUCCUGGAGGAGCGCAUGUUCAGCAAAGAAGAAUGUCCAACGGAGCCGAACGAAGUGACCGAGUCUGAUACUGCAUAGACUUUGAACAGUCUUGGAGAUGUUUGGUAAAGAGAUUACCAUACCCUAAUCCAAGAGACAUAUUUCAGUACACAAAACUUAGUAUUAUAGGGUAAGGUGAUACCCGAUCAGUGAUUUUUUUUGUAUUGAUUAACUGCCCAUGCCUUUUUGAGUCGGACAAUAAGUCUUUAAUUUGGGGAAAAUAAGAUUUACUAAAUUAAGAUACGUUUUAAAAAUAUUUCAUUUACUCCAUUGAUAAACAUUUUAAGAAUUGUUUACUCGCAUAAACAUAAUACCCUUGUCAUUGGACCAUUUUAGAAUAUUUACACUAAGUAUGUUGAUUUACAGAUCUAGAUGAAAUAUUUCAAAUGACAUGAUUCCAUAUAUUUCGUAAAUUCCAAUAUAAGCAUAAAAGUAAAGGAGCACUAGGUUGUCUGUGACUGUAAACGGAAAUCCCGAAUAGAAGACAGAUGAAAUGUUCAACAAACGGAUUAGGUUUUUUUGCCAUUAAUGGUACAUCGUAUUGAUCAUUUAUCAUGUAUCGAUUAAGCUAUUUUAAUGAGUGUGUGGUCUGUGUGUGGUGUUCAUAUUUGUGUGUGUUGUAUGUUUGUGUCUAUAGUUCAUUGUCAUGUUUUACAGGUUUUAUUUUGAAUGUUUGACUAAUGAGCUUGUCUAUGUAGUUUUUGCUGUAUAAUUGUAUCGUUGAAAUGCCUUUAAUUGUGUUUGCAGUCUUUUUGUCUUUUUCGCCACAUAAAGUGAUAUCGAACACUG